GACAAAAGCAUGUGGUAAUGCAGCGUAUUUGUCUCUUGGAAAACCCCACUCAAAGGCCUAUAUUUCACACACCAAAUCAGCUAUAUAUAUGCAAAAAUGUUAGUCCAUAGCCAAAUCAAAACUUGAACAUAAUUUUUUUUCAAACACAUUGUUUGAAGAUCGAAGCAAUUUAAGAAAAAAAUACUCAAAAACAAGAUUAUGGCUGUUCUUUCACGCAGCGUUAUGCAUGCAAGGUGGCUUCUUUGCAGAUCAAGUUUGCUUGCAAGCCAAGAAACUUCUUCGGUUCCUAAAGGGUUCUUCGCGGUGUAUGUUGGAGAGAGUAAAAAGAAGCGAUUUGUAGUACCGAUUUCAAUCUUGAAUCAGCCUUCGUUUCAAGAUUUGUUGAGAAAGGCUGAGGAAGAAUUUGGAUUUAAUCAUCCGAUGGGCGGUCUUACUCUUCCUUGCAGAGAAGAAAUCUUCAUUAACACUAUUUCAAGGUUGAACUCAAUUUAACAAAUUAGCAUCAACAAUUUUGUGACAUUUUUGUACAUUGUUUACAUGUAGUUAGAUUUCAGAUUGGGAGGUCAAUGUUGAUUUGUCCACCUGUACGAAAAAUUAAUAAUAGAAAAGCUGAGCAACUAAUAGUUCAAUUUCAAAAA